CCAACUUUUAAACUUUCAUUCUCCAUUUCAAAAGAACCUCCCUAGAAAUUUCCCCACCGUUCUCUCUUCUUUCGAUGUUUAUAUAUUUCCCAUAAUCUGUGCGAUUAAACCAAAUUUCAACUCCGAUUCCAGUCCUUCAUCGUCCCAAUCAUCUCCUCGAUUCAGUGAAACCAUGAAAAUUUGGACAAAACCCAUCGUUUUCUUAUCGAUUCUUCUGUUUUUCCUGCAUUCAUCUUUAAUCUCCUCGCAAGAAGUUGAGGAUGAGAGAGAAUUUGAUUACAUGGAAGGGAGUGAGAAAGGGCCAGGACAUUGGGGAAAGCUAAAGAAAGAGUGGGAAGCUUGUAACAAUGGGGAUUUGCAAUCUCCCAUAGAUUUAUCAAGCCUGAGAGUGAAGAUUAUUCCAAAGUUGGGAGAGCUAAAGAGAAGCUACUAUCCUUGCAAUGCAACGGUCAAAAAUAGGGGCCAUGAUAUUUCUAUAUAUUGGGUUGGUAAACCAGGAUCAAUCCAGGUAAAUGGCGUCGUUUAUGAUCUUCAACAAUCCCAUUGGCACUCACCUUCAGAGCAUUCCAUCAAUGGAAGAAGGUAUGACUUGGAACUCCACAUGGUUCACCUGAGUUCUGAUCCCACUGUGAAGAACAAGAUUGCUGUUGUUGGUCAACUCUAUACAAUUGGCCAACCAGACCCUUUUCUCUCACAGUUGAGUAGGGAAAUAAGCAGCAUGGUCGACCGGAAGCAUGAAAAGAAGGUGGGAGUGAUGAAUCCUGCAGAUAUCAAGUUCGGUGGAAGAAAGUACUACAGAUACCUUGGUUCUCUCACGGUUCCUCCUUGUACUGAAGGUGUAAUUUGGACCAUGAACAAGAAGAUAAGGACGGUGUCAAUGGAGCAAGUGAAACUUUUAAGAGAGGCUGUUCAUGAUUAUGCAGAGUUCAAUGCAAGGCCAUUGCAGCCACUCAAUAGUCGGGAAAUCAGCCUCUAUCGGCCCACUCAAAGAACUAGACCCUGAUCGUUAAGAGAUCACCUCUCUCACUCUCUGUCUCGGGAAGAUUUAGUACUAGGGGAGUAUGUACUAUAAUUUGUCUUCAGUAAACCUCACUUUAUUUUUUUAAAGAUUUGUCGAUGUGACAAUUCAUUAAUAGAAGUAGUAUCCAUACUACCUCAAUAUAGAAAAAUUUUCCCUUUUUUAAUUGGUUAAACGAUGUUUUCUUUGUUUGAAAAAUUAUCAAAAAUAGCUUCUUCAAAUUUUUACUUUAUAAAAUCAGCACGUUCUUUGAAAAUUCA